AGUGGGGCCGUCAAUGGGGGAAAUUGCAUGCGGAUAUCCGUCUGCAGGUGCGAGUGGAGAGUCUGACGAUGGACUGACGGGCAUACUGUCACUCGCCGUCAGACAUGUGGCUUGGGCGCGCGCGAGUCCCCAGUCAGUCAGGUGUGGGACACUGGGAUCUCAUUCUCGCCCCUUCCCACAACCCGUCCAACCUUCGCAGCGAGCAUUUUCCCAGCCAACAACAACCAGCGAACUGCCCCACCACACCUUGAAGGAUUGCAUUCAGAGGGUUUCAAUGUCGCAGUUGGUUUUCCAUAUCGCCAAACGGUGUUGCAGGCUCCACUGCCGCCCUGGUCAGCACUCGAUGAAAAACCUGAGCAGACCGACAGUACCACAAACUGCUUCGAGCAGCAGGCAUAUCUUCACUUCGAGUGCAACACUGGCACAUCCCACCACAUCCCUUAGAUCAUCAGCCCCGCAACGUAGAGUAUCGGCAGUAGCCUCUCACUUAUCUUCGGGGGCAUCAAAAAGGAUGAUUUCGACUACCACGCCCGUCAACGCAGAAGAUGCCUCUGGCGCGUAUGUCCAACAGAGCGAAGUCCGUCACCAGAAGAUGCAGUCGGCGCGCAUCUUCCUUUUGAACCGGCCAAAGGCACUCAACUCUCUGAACCUCAGUAUGAUCCGGAACAUCGUGCCACAGCUGCAGCAAUGGAAAGAAAGCAAUCUGUGUAAAGUGAUUGUGAUGACCAACGCGGACGAUUGCCGGGCAUUUUGCUCAGGAGGGGACGUGAAGACGGUUGUCAAGCUGGCGUCCUCAAAGGACCCGACAGAUGCUGCCCAAGCCCUCACAUUCUUUCAAGAGGAAUACUCUUUGAACCAUACCCUAGGCACUUUGACCAAACCCUUUGUUAGCAUCAUGAACGGCAUCACGAUGGGUGGUGGUGUUGGGUUGUCCGUGCACGCACCUUUCCGGAUCGCCACAGAGAACACGCUCUUUGCUAUGCCGGAGACCAAAAUCGGCCUGUUUCCGGAUGUGGGAGGAAGCUUUUUCUUACCGAGAUUGGACGGGGAAUUGGGCACCUACCUCGGUCUGACGGGACAACAAUUGAAGGGCGAGGAAGUCUUCAUGGCAGGCAUAGCAACACACUACAUACCCUCCGAUCGAUUGCCUGCUCUGAUGACGCGACUGGCGGAGCUCGAGACUGACGAGCUUGAAGUGAUCAACAUGGUGUUGGAGGAGUUUGUCGCGGACACGGAUUUGCAGCGGUGGAAGAAUUGGACUCUGGGAGGUGACAUCGGCGCUGCGAUCGACCGGUGCUUCAAGUACAACAACCUGGAAGAGAUCCUUCGAGCAUUGGAGAAAGAGAACUCUGAAUGGGCCACAAACACGCUUGCUACGUUGCAGAAGAUGUCUCCGUUAAGCCUGAAGAUUACCCUGGAACAACUUCGAAGAGGCAGGAAGAAGGAUUUCAUGGACUGUUUCAGAAUGGAGUACAAUCUUGUGGCAAACUUUCUGCAAAAAAGCGAUUUCGCAGAAGGCGUCAACGCCAUCUUCGGCAAGCGCGACCCUGUAUGGGGCAUCCCAUGGGAGAGAAGAAAUGAGAUUACCGACGCCAUUGUGAAAGGCUACUUCCAGUUACCAAGCAAUGUUGGUAACAACAUCCCACAACUUAAGUUUGCCAAUGGCCUGACGUACUGGGACUAUCCUCAUCGCACCAUGUCGGGUCUGCCCACUAUUAGCGACAUCAAACGUGUUGUUCACGGUACGUCAGGAACAUCGAUGGAAGCGGUUGCUUGACGUUACUGUCACGUGCGCAUCAGCUUAUCUGCCUUCAUCUCUACAUUUCCUUCCAGGCAACGGGCGACGAAACACCAC